AUGGCUGGCAUUUUUAGUUACUUACAUCCUUGCUAUGUAUUAGUUAAUACAUCUUACACAAUUACUAGUAAUCCUUCUAAAAUAUGUAUUGCCCUUUAUGUUUUUCUUAGUUUAUUAUCUAUUUGUACAAUAUGUGGAAACCUCCUUGUAAUAAUCACUAUUAUUUACUUCAAACAGCUCCACACCCCAACAAACUACCUUAUUCUGUCUUUAGCUGUAGCCGAUUUGUUUGUCGGAAUUUUGGUAUUUCCUUUCAGUAUGGCCUUCACUGUCUUCUCCUGUUGGCAUCAUGAAGGCCUGUUUUGUAAAAUACGAGGUAGUUUCGAUGUCGCACUGAGCACAGCUUCAAUUUUAAACCUCUGUUGUAUUUCCAUUGACAGAUACUAUGCAGUGUGCCACCCUCUGACAUACAAAAGUAAAAUCAAUGUUCAUGUUAUUGGCAUCAUGAUCUUGGUAAGUUGGGGUGUUUCUGUACUAAUAGGAAUUGGAAUUACAGUCGCAGGAUUUAACCAAGGGAAAUGUGAAGACAGAUGUUUAAUUGAUGCACUCAUUUCAACCACUCUAGGAUGUAUAUUUGCCUUUUAUAUCCCAGUUAUCAUUAUGCUUAGUAUCUACUUGAGGAUUUUCCUUGUUGCACAGAGACAAGUACGCAGCAUCCAGAGCACAACAUGUCAGAGUACAAUGUCAGGAGCAACUGUCAGUAAGAUGGAGACAAAAGCUACCAAAACUUUAGCUAUUGUUAUGGGAAUUUUUAUUUUAUGUUGGACACCAUACUUCAUUUGUAUCAUCUUUCAGCCUUUAACGUUUGCUGUUACUCCCAUCGCUGUGAUUGAAACACUAAAUUGGCUGACGCUUUCUAAUUCAAUGCUUAAUCCCUUGAUUUAUGCUUUCUUUUAUAGCUGGUUCAGAGCAGCUUUUCGAUUGAUCAUUACUGGGAAAAUAUUUCAAGGCGAUUUUACUAAGACAAAACUGUUUUGA